CAGCGUCCCACGCAGAGGAGGGUUUUCCGGUUAAAGUUUCCUUUGUGAUUCGGAAGUGGUGGUGUGAUGCCAAAGCUGUUUAUCCUUACAGACACAACACACAAGUGGCGACCAUGAAACAAUCCUUCAAAGCUCUGUCCUGCUGAAAUGGGAAAACGCCCCUUCAGGAUUUAGUAAUACAGGCCCGUUGUGCAGUCAUGACAGGAUCCCCAUCAGAACCCCACGGCUAGAAAACACAUAUUUGCAGAGAGAGCGAGAGAGAGAUCAACACACAGCACAGCGGCAGGCCUGCCUUUGUCUCUCCAUCACUCUGGCAACGCUACACCCACAGAAAGGGGAGGAGCCAAGUCCUGGCAGCAUGGAAGUCACUGGGACGCCAGGCUUGGCCCCAAGCCCUCAGAGCGAGGCAGUGACCAGUGAGCUUCAGGAGCUGUCCCUUCAGCCUGCACCCGACCCAAUGCCUCUGCAGGAGAGAAAGAAUGUCCUCCAGCUCAAACUCCAGCAGAGACGCACACGAGAGGAACUGGUCAGCCAAGGGAUCAUGCCACCACUGAAGAGCCCGGCGGCCUUUCACGAACAGCGGAGGAGUCUGGAGCGAGCAAGGACCGAGGACUAUCUGAAGAGGAAGAUCCGGAGUCGUCCUGAGCGCUCAGAACUGGUCAGGAUGCACAUUCUGGAGGUGUCCUUGGCAGAGACGUCGGCAGAGCCGUCCCUGCAGGCCAAGCAGCUGCAGCUUAAGCGAGCACGACUGGCUGAUGACCUCAACGACAAGAUCUCCCACAGACCAGGUCCCAUCGAACUGGUUCACAAGAACAUCCUGUCCGUCAGCCUCCCUGUGCACUCACCACUGGAUUCUCCGAAGGGAGAGAGCUCGUCUUUAGAUGAAGACAGCAGUGAUGCUCUGUCACCAGACCAGCUAACCAAUCAUGACUCUCCUCUGAGUGCCGUCCCUCAGCUGUCCCCCUCUGAUGCACUCACCCAGAACGGGGACAUGUCCCCUCCACAGUUCAUUACACAGUCCCCUCCUCCACCUCCUCCACCACCUCCGCUCCAGGUAAAUGGGUCAGACAUCUCCCCAUUCCCAAAAGUGACAAAUGGGACGAUGGUGACCUCGGCAAACUCCCGCCCCUCUACUGGACAGGUCAAGCAGUCUCAGGCUAAGACAUGUUCAGACCGUCCUCCACAGAGACCUAAGAAACCAAAGGACAGCAAACCCAAGGUAAAGAAGCUGAAGUACCACCAGUACAUCCCUCCAGACCAGAAGGCAGACAAAGAGCGUCCACCCCAGAUGGACUCGUCCUAUGCGAAGCUCCUCCAUCAGCAGCAGCUUUUCCUGCAGCUGCAGAUCCUCAACCAGCAACAGCAGCACUACAACUACCAUACCAUCCUGCCCGCCCCUCCCAAGCCACCAAGUGAGCAGUCUCCCACAACCAACUCUGGCCCUUCCCCUUCCCGCAGUGUACCCGCAACUACAACCCCCACCCCCUCCAAUCAGAGCGGGACUGCCCGUCAGAGCCAAACUGCAGUGGGAGGAGCCAAACCAAGCACUCUGCCAGCCAACCUGGAUGAGUUCAAAGUCGCUGAGUUGAAACAGGAACUGAAAUUGCGUGGUCUGACCGUCUCAGGCACAAAGAAUGAUCUCAUUGAGAGGCUCCGCAACUACCAGGAGCAAAAUGGCGGCACCGCAGCGGUUUUGAAAAACGGCUUAUCGCAGCCCAGUCAGCAGGGUUUGACCUCAGCUGCCAACACCAUCACAUCCUCUCCAACCACCACUACCAUCCAUGACCAUCAGUCAGGAGAGGGUGGGUUUAGGUUAGCUUUGUCAUCAUUAGCUCAGGUGGUUCCAGGGCGGGUCAUGCGAUUUGGCAGCACCAGCUCCAGUCCUCCGGUGUCCCCUAGUCCAUCCGAGAGGUCAUUGGCCGGGAUGAGUCCUGAUGAGACGAGCUGUAACGGAGACAUGUUUGGAGAGAUGGUGAGUUCCCCCUUGACCCAACUCACCCUGCACCCAUCUCCUCAGCACCCAUCAAAUGUCUCUCCGCUCUCCAAGGUCAAAGAGGAGAACCAGAGCUCAUGCUGCCUCUCCAGGCCUUCACCCUCAUCAUGUCAGCCUCCAGAGCCACUGUCUGGAGUAGCCAUGGACACCAUGGACAAGGACCAGAUGCUCCAGGAGAAGGACAAACAGAUCGAGGAGUUGACCAGGAUGCUGAGGCAGAAGCAGAGGCUGGUGGAGACCCUCAGGUCCCAGCUGGAGCAGGGCAAGAUGGCAGGUGGGAUAAUGUUGGAGAAGGAAGGAAGCGAGAAGAACAGAACAUCCCCAGAGGUUAAACUUCAAACUCUCAUAAAAGCCUCCGCCAUUCAGCCUCCCACUCUCCCUAACGGCAUCGUGGUGAAGGUUAAGAAGGAGGUGGAGCCCGAGGAGGGGAUGGAGGGAGUAACAGAGGAGGCUCAGGCAAAGAAACCGGCCCAGCCGAUGCAGUGCUCGCAGGAGACUCUGCUCAGGCUCCAGCACAUUCAACGGCUUCAGGUCCAACAAGCUGAGCAGCAGAAACAGACGCUGCAGCACAGUCAGGUGCAACUGCAGAAAGUGGCAGAGGCUAAGUCGAACCCUCAAAAAGUACAACAGCAGAAGAAAGAAGCCCAAAUCCUGCUCCACCAGCAGCAUCAACUGCAGCAGCUCAUCAUACAGCAAACCCAACAGAAACAGGCCCAGCAGAAGUUAGCACAGCAGAAACUCGCCCAACAGAGACUCAGUCAACAGAAGCUAGUGCAGCAGAAUCAGCUCAAACAAACUCAAGGGCAAGUUCAACAGAGCCAGCAGAAGAACCCUGUUCAGCUGAAGCAGGUUCAGGUGCAGAUCCAGAAGCCUGCAGUGACUCAAACCCAGCAGAGGAAGCAGCUGAAGGCUCAGCAGAGGCAGCAGCAGAAACGGCAAACGGCAGCUGUCACCACACAGCAGGUGGCUCCAGUCCUCAUCAACCAGCAGAACGGCACUCAGAUCCACACUCAGGCCAUUUCAUUAGACCUCCUCAAGGCAAAUGGCACGCCGACACUGGUCACCGACAGCAACGGCAACCACUACCUGAUCGCCCUCACCAGUAACACCACAGACGGACAGAACGGAGUGUCCUCAUUGGCCAAAACCAAUGGACGCAUCACGCUGCAGAGAUUGCAGUCGACUCCAAGUAAACUUCCCAGCACUGACAGCCAAUCAAAAGAGCAGCCAGAGGCAGAGCCUGAGAGCCAACAAAUCAAAAAGGGACAGAAGGCGGGGCUGCACCUGGAAACCAAUGGCGUGCCACAAACCAGCCAGUCAGUCACCGCUCCACCCAACCUGCAGCCUUUCUUUGACGACAUGUCAGACAGUGAAAGCCAAAGCAACUUCACGUCUCUCAAGAGAGAGGAGGUGUGUCCACCUUACGACCGGCACACACUGUUCACCCCUCCCUCUCCCAAACCCAUCACCUCCCUUCCUACUCAGCGCUCCAAACAGGAGAACGGCAUGAACAGUCAGCAGAUGGACGACCUGUUUGACAUCCUGCUCAAGAGUGGAGAAAUCCCCGGCUUCAAGGCCAACCCGGACCCUUCCCUCGCCCCUCUCCACUCUAACCCGCCCUCCCCAUCUUCUCCCCCGUCUCCCCUCCACCUCUCCCCUUCCACCCCUACGGAGCCCCUGAUCUCCCCUCCGCCUUCCGUGGGAGAGUCCUGCACAAGCAGCGGCCGUCUGGAAGACUUUCUUGAGAGCACCACUGGCGCCCCGCUGCUGGGCGUGGAGCCCGACGGCGGCCUGACGCUGAUCGACGACCUUCACAGCCAAAUGCUGAGCACGCCCAGCAUCCUGGACCAUCCUCCCUCCCCCAUGGACACGUCUGACCUGGGCUUCUCCCCGCACUCUACAGGGCUGGACUUUGGCGACCCCACUCUGGACAGCAUGGACUGGCUGGAUAUAUCCAUGGUGGGGAGCACCCUUGGAGGGAGCGGGGGCAGCGGAGGGGGGAGAGGAGAAGAAGGAGGAGGAGGAGUGGGAGCUGGCGACGGGGGUACGAGCCUGGCCCCGCUGGCGCCACACACUCCGCCGAGCGUCUUCUCGACCGAUUUUCUGGACAGCACGGACUUGCAGCUGCACUGGGAGUCAUGCCUGUAGCCCCCGCACACACACGGACACGCGCUGGCUCACACUGUGUACAGGCUCCGUCUUUAUUUCAUGCACAUACAGAAACCUUUUCUAUGCUGUCUCUACCACUGCGGGGGUCACUGGCACAUGCAAACACACACACACACACACACACACAUUUACACAGUUUGCCCUGUCUUUCACUGGCUGUUACUGUAUGCAGGAUGAGGUGAAAUAAGAAAGAAACAUAGACAUUAAAUUCAUAGAAGGACUUGAACUGAAGUGGACUUUUUGAGAUUUAAUUCUAUGGGGAUCCACACAGCCUGCUGUUCAUUUCCUGUGUCCUGCAUUAUAACCAGGUUAAAGUGAACCAGCAGGAAACUAACUGUAGGUCACUGUAAUUCAACAUUUCAACCCUUGGAAACGGUUUGAUGGAUUACAGCAGAGGAGGGGCUGUCAGUGGCGUUUACUCGGGCUCCUCGAGAUAGCAGAGUGUGUGUCUGUCAGUGCCUCCUAAACUUUGCACUUAUGCUGAAUCUGAUUGGUUUAAAGGGGGGUGUUCAGGUCAACGGCCGAAAUCUUCAGCGCUAUCUGCUGAGACUGCCAAGUGUUAGGCUGAUCAGCUGAGCCGUUGGUGGUGUGAAAAGAAAGGCAGCUGUUGGUGACCUUGUCGCCUCACCGUGACAACCUGAACCCCGCCCGCACUAGUCAAAAAAAAACUAAAAAACAACCAUCAUUGGUUGAUAGUUGCUAUUGGAAUGAACCAUAUCAGUGGCAACAGUUUGAAUUGAAGCCUCAGUGGAGGUUGCGUAUUAUUGGUAACAUUAUGGUAGACCACUAUGUAUUGCUGUAUAUGGGGUGUAUAUUAUCAAUUGUCCAUAUGACUAUUUUUCUUUGCUGGUUGCUUUAGAGUCGAGCUAGCCGGCUGGGGAACGUAGGGUAAGGGCGGGGCUUCAAAACUACUUGGACCUUGUCAUUUUUUUAAAGAAAAAAAAGUUAAAAAAAUAAACAUACUAUAAAAACUCAAAA